AUGAAGGGACAAGAUAUGGCCGGCACCAGUCGAGAAAAUCCUUCUGCUGACCCGUUGAUGAAAGAAUGGACAGCGGAGAUGAUCAAAAAACUAGGUUCAGAACUAGAAGAGGUGAAGAAAAAGCUGAAGGAGCAUUCAGAAAGUAAAUCUGAGGAGGAGAAGAAAAAAAUAUUGGAGGAGAUUACCAAAAAGCUAGAGGUUUCAGGAUGUUCUAAUGACCAAUUACUACAAUGGGUGAAUAGCAAUCCGAAGGAGGUGUCUAACAUGUUAGAACGCGCCGCCCAGAGGAAGUCUUACGGACCGACAUUUGCCAGAGCACUUGGUGGUUGAUGUGACAUGGAAGCAGGAGAGAAUAAUGAUGACGGCGUCUUUGACGGCGUGUCCUUAUCUUUCUUAGAGAAGAGAUCUACUACGUUGCUGAGUAUUGUUCUACGUGCUAGUACUCAUCAUGAAAUCAACUAGAGCUUGGAGCUCAUUAUAAUUCUGUGUUCCUUUUUCUUUGUAUUUUUCUUUGUAACUUUUGAUAAUAUGUACUACCUCCAUUCUGAAAUGUAUGUCGUUAUUGACUUUUUGUAC